CCUCCUUGUGCCUGCGCGCAGCCCCGCGACUUCUGCUCGGCUCCUGGGCGCAGCCAUGCCGUCCUACUCGGUGACGGUGGCGACGGGCAGCCAGUGGUUCGCGGGCACCGACGACUACGUCUACCUGAGCCUGGUGGGCUCGGGGGGCACGAGCGAGAGGCACCUGCUCGACAAGCCCUUCUACGACGACUUCGAGCGCGGCGCGGUGAGUGAGGGACUGGACGGGACGGGGGCGGAUGGCGCGCUUGGGCAGCCCGCGCUCUGCUCAGGCUCAGAAACCCUCUCGCCUCUCCCGCUGCAGAGCUGCCUGAGAGCCUUCCUUCCACAGAGAGGCAUUGAGACGGGGGGCUUCUCCCCCCGCGCUGUUUCUCCCCGUCUAGCAAGCGGGUUCCCCAUUUUGUGGCUUCCUACUGACAAUGGAAACUUCUGCCCGCUUCCCUUUUACGCGCGUCCUGCAUGCCUCGCAUCCAUCCACCUCUCCGGCGCACCGUUUGGCCCCGGCGCAGCAUCUUGGACGUGGCGGGCGGCACUGGCACAGACCAGCUGCAGGGAGCAGAGCCGUCUUUUCCUAUUGGGCUUACUGGUGCAUUGCACCAGGGCGCUGGCAUCUCAGGGGCGCCCCAGCGAGUGGGGGAGCUGCACGGCUUUGCCAGUGGCCUCCCUUUUCCCUGCACGCCCCCAGCUGCGCCCCAUCCAUAGCUGUCAGCUUUCAGAUUUGAAAAUAAGGGAUCAGCAGCCUCUAAAAUAAGGGAUCAGCAACCUCACCUGUCCCGGGGACAGUCUACGGGAUACCUAACAAUCCGGGAUAGCAGCGGGAAGCAGCGGGAAAUGGCGCUGAAAUAAGGGUAAAGGUAAAGGGACCCCUGACCAUUAGGUCCAGUCGUGGCCGACUCUGGGGUUGUGGUGCUCAUCUCGCUUUAUUGGCCGAGGGAGCCGGCGUUUGUCCGCACACAGCUUUCCUGGGUCAUGUGACCAGCAUGACUAAGCCGCUUCUGGCAAAACCAGAGCAGCGCACAGAAACACUGUUUACCUUCUCGCCGGAGCGGUACCUAUUUAUCUACUUGCACUUUGACGUGCUUUUGAACUGCUAGGUUGGCAGGGAGCUCACCCCAUUGCGGGGAUUCGAACCACCAACCUUCUGAUCAGCAAGUCCUAGGCUCAGUGAUUUAACCCACAGCGCCACCCGCACAAUUUCCCACAAAAAAAGGGAAGGUUGACAGCUAUGGCCCCAUCAACCAUAUGGCUGGCGGGCAUGCAGCUUGCCUCCCAAGCCUCCACGGGAGGAGAGCGAUCCCUGCAGAGGCUUGGGAAAAGGUCAAUAACUCUGGGAAACGGGGGUCAUCUGAGGGAUCUUUGCACCACAGCACCGGAUAUGCUUAAGACGGCCCUGGCAGGGAGCUUAAGAAACCAUAGUCGAGGACUGCUGUGGUCGCUCUGGCUCAGUCUAGUGGGCGGCUGGCAGAAGCUCUGGAGGGGCUCAGCCUGGGUGGGUUCAGUCCGAGUCUAGGUUUGGGCUCAUGGGGUGGCUGCUCUGACUGCGCCCCUUGCUCCCUGCCACCACACACAACCACGCAACCUCCUCUGCCCACAGCAAUGACUGCUACCAGGCAGCUUCAGCUUCCUUGCCCACGAAGGAGGGCAACUUUACGUUAUUUGCAAGGACAGCCGCAGCUGCCUCUGACUGUCGGGCUGUCCCUCUGCCUGCUAUCCAAGGGCGUGGUGGGGAGAAGGAGACUUUGGGGUUGCUUUGCAGGACAACCUGCUCCCUCUGCCUGCUGCACCCUCUUUCUCUUAACAGCACACAGGUAACAGCAGCCAUCUUUUUUCAGACACUGCAGCUGGGUGCUGACCCCCAAAACCUCAAGGUCCAAAAGGUGUGCAAGUGAGCAGAAUCAGAUGGCUCCUAAAGGGAACUUUCCCUCCAUUUGCCUUCUCUUUGUGGGUGGCACAGCCUCUGGCGCCACCCAGAGAGAAGGGCAGGGAGUGUAAGCACAGACUCUUGAAGAAAAGCCACAGCUUCCACCUGCUCGCUCAGGGUGAGGUCGCAGGGCCCAAUCCUAUCUACCAUCCCGCCCAAAGAGAGCGUGUGAAUGAGCAAGGAGAGAGGGGAACGUAAGCAAUCAGAAGCAGUGGCAGGCGUGCCUGAAAACAGGAAGUCCAAUUGGGCCCAUGAGGCCAUCCUCCCCUGACCACCUCCAUCGGCUGAUGCCGCUGGUUCUGCCCAGGGAACUGGCGCAUGAAGCCAAGGAAAGCUUGGAAAAUACAGGCUUCUUUUUCUCUCUUCCCACAUCAGUGCUGGGAGGACUGAGGGGCUGGGGGUGGGAUCAAAAGGAAGCAGAGGGAGGGAAGGCAAAGAGGAAAAAAUAGUAGAGGAAAAAACCUACCUGUCAAUCAUGCAAUAUCAUCAUGACAUCAAUGAUUGACAGGUGAACACCCCUCACCUGUCAGAUUUGGCCCAUCCUGAGAAGGAUCCAUGGACCCACCUCUGCCUUACAGCCAUCUCUUGUCUGAUUGAUUCUGCCAUACUACUAAAAGAAAUGUAGGGAGAUGUGUUAUUCUGAAAGGGCAGUGGCUGGUUCUGCAAGGAGCAUCCUUCUCUCACUUUGCUGGUCCUUUUGCGGAUCAGUAACUGGUUAUGAGACCGGAGGCAGAGAGUAGGAAUGAAUGGACAAUUCAUCCAACGAAGGGAUAUAAAGCGUGGAGCCCCUGAGGAUCCGCGUUGGAACUUGUGCUUUGUAACUUGUUCAUAAACCAUCUACAUUAGGGGUGGGUGCACAAUGACAUAGCCAAGUUCGAUGAUGAUACCAAAUUUUUCAUGGUCAUCAGCGCUUUUUUUCUAGAAAAAACGGUCCCGGUAUUCCUCUUGUUGCUGUUUACAUACUGUUUUUCUUCCCCUCUACAAAAUGUAUAUUUACAAUAGCCCUGGUCCUGAUGUGAUAUGCAGGAAAGUCUCGUGAGGAGCCAAAGUGCAUCUUGAAUAUUUGCUUUCUAGGUUGUCAUGAGAGAAAGCUAUUUUUAACUUUGGACCUCUUUACAAACCUGUACUAGAAAUCUGCUAACAAAGUCUCAACAUUGUAAGGCUAAUAAUUCCUGUCACGCUAUUUAUUUCUCCCUAUUAAAAAAAAAAAGUAUUGUGAAGCAUAGAAAACGGUUGUGAGAGAGGGAAAGCUGUUUGAUGAGGACUGCGUAAAAGUGGGAAAUGACAUGAAACCCCCCUCAUCAGUUGUAGAAUUUUUUUCACCUCUCUUCUGCUCAUUUGGGGCUUGUGGUAGGUGGAAGAAUAUAUAACUAUAUACUACAUAUCAAUCACAUCCUUCGAUCCAUUUGACAAACCAGUUUCACUUUUCUAAAUAAACAAAACAAGCCCACUCAUUAACAUACUGAACUUCAACUCAUUUCAUUAUUGCUAUGAUGCUGUUUUGCUAAACAAUAAAAAAAUAAAGAGCUGCUGAUUUGUGUAAAACACUCCUUAAAUAAACAUUUCCAGAGAAAGCAUCUCUGAACACACUGAAACAAAAUGAGGGGCUGAUGGGGUAUUUCUCCCCCUUCCCCAAGAAAGAGGGUGGGGGAGUAAAAAUAGAAUAAAAUCCUCCCGUCCAAAAGAUAUCCUCCUUGAUUACACGAGUGAAACUGAGUCUGCCUGGCUAGGAUUUCUGUCUGGGAGAUCUUCUUAGGAUCUCCCUCAGAGGAGGCUGCUGUCACUAUAAAAAAUUACUGAAAGACUUGAGGAGGGGAAGGGAUACCUGUUCUCUCCUUUUCUCUCCCCCCCCCCAGCAUCUCCCCUCUCUCUCUUGCCACCUCUCUCAUUAAAGAGACUUCAUGAAACAGACCCGCCUGUCAGCUGAGGGUUGCAAGAAGGGUGGGGACAGGAAGGGGCUUGCUGUUUGUUUUAAAGGGGCGGGGCUUUCCAAAGAGAGUCUGUGGUUGGGUGAGCAUCCUCCUCUGGAGGGCUCUUUAAGCUCUUGUCCUGGUGGGAUACAAUGAGCAGUAUCCCCUUGAGGGGGAAGAGCUGCCUAGGAGUUGCUCCCCUCAGGCUCUCUGUGGCUGGCUGACAGAGCCUCUGAGGCACCCUGCGCAUGGCUAACACACAACAUCUGUGUGUUGCCUCAAGAAAGCUCUGGUGGGGGGUAGGGAAAGAAAGAGAGGGGGGAUUGACUUCCUUUCCCCACUUUUCUGCUGAUCACAAAGGAGGCAUGCUUCCAUCCUAAGAGCUUCUUUCCCCAGGGGCAAAAGGAGACUUCAUUCCACUCGGGUCAAAGACCCAGUUUGGUGCACGCAUACGGCAAGGUGGCCUCUUGCUUCCCACAGUGUCAUCCUUGGUUUCCUCUUUUGCAUAGACUCUUUUGGUUCCAUCACCACAGCUCUCGCUUCCUCUGAAGUCAUUCAAAUUUGUGGUGGGUCCUUUCGAUAACAGAACAAGCCUUAUGAGCUGCUGCGUGCCAAAUACUCAAUAAAAGCAGCAGAUAUGGAAAGUCUGAAAGGGAAAUUUACUUGUAAACCUAAUUCUGAUCAUAACUAGAAGAUUAUCUAGAGUGUACUAGACUCCGCUGGAUAUGUGGUUUGUUUGGAAAAGUCAGAAUAGUGGGGUCAUGCGGGACUAAAUCAUUAAAAGACAAUUGGAAAGAAAGAAAAAGAAAGAAAGAAAGAAAGAAAGAUAGAUCAGCAUGGCUCGCCUUCUGGAACAGGCGUGCUGGAAGUACACCCAGUGGGCACGUGUCUUCAGACUUAGUUCUGCUUCUUAAUGUCUGCUUUUGUUCUUUUUCCUGUAUAGAUUCUUUCACAAAUAAUGUUGCAUAAUGUCUUAGUUCCGCAUCUCAUUUAGUUUACUAUCCUUCCCAGGGAGUUGUUUUGAAACUUAAAAAAUAGUUGUUGCAGGACUUUUUGCUUAUUGCAGCAAAAAGAGAUCCAGAGAUCUCUUUCUCACUCUGUGACCAUUAAUAUCUAAUAUCUCUGCCAAGUUACAGUGUUAUAUUCACAGGGCAAGAAUUGUUUCUGGAGGAAUAACAUACUCACUUGGGUGUGCAGGUGAGUCCAUGGACCAAUGGGGCCUGUUCACGGCUUCCGUUCUUUGCCCCACCCCCCAAAAAAAUCACAAACCCAGAUAGUAUUACUGAAUGUUUUUGAAUGGCAAGUGCUCUGUCAACAUUACAACCAGAUCCAUUCCAGAAUUAAGCACCAAAGUGAAUAUUAUUAAAAUUAGAAACUGUAUAGUAUCACAUCCUACAUAGGAAGUCUAUUGCAAGACAGAAGGUCUUAAUGUGAAAAUAAGAGUUUCAGAAGUGAAGUCGGCAAAAGUGAUAAUCCUAUUAUUGUUCUCAGGUCUUUCCUUAUUCAUACCAAUCAUCCCAUUUACUUCUGCUUCUCAGGCCUACAGGAAAAUAAAUUAAUUGUAGUCCUGGAAGUUUUUGCUCAUUCUUAUUGUGGCUUCGUAUGCUUUCCUGAGGGAUGCAGGUGGCGCUGUGGGUUAAACCACAGAGCCUAGGACUUGCCGAUCAGAGGGUCAGCAGUUCGAAUCCCUGCGACGGGGUGAGCUUCUGUUGCUCGCUCCCUGCUCCUGCCAACCUAGCAGUUCGAAAGCACAUCAAAGUGCAAGUAGAUAAAUAGUAUCUUCCUCUGGCGGGAAGGUAAACGGCGUUUCCAUGCGCUGCUCUGGUUUGCCAGAAGCGGCUUAGUCAUGCUGGCCACAUGACCGGAAGCUGUACGCCGGCUCCCUCGGCCAAUAAAGCGAGAUGAGUGCCGCAACCCCAGAGUCGGCCACGACUGGACCUAAUGGUCAGGGGUCCCUUUACCUUAUGCUUUCCUGAUGCUUGUAAAAUUCUUGUACGACAACCUGUCUAUGUUAUUGUUACCUGUGCCUCAAAAUAGUAUGUUUAAAAGAUGGAAUAUAAUUAGCUCGAUUCAAUGUCAUUCUUUUUUCAAUCUAUGCUCUGCCCAUUUCACUUGUUUUUAGCUUAAGCAAAUUUCUGCCAGUGUCAGAACUUUCCCCCAGUCCAAAGGCAACAGGGAGGGGAGGGAAGUAUAUGAUGCACAUAAUAUGAUGCUCAACCAUUCCUCAAAAGACUUGGUUUCCAGACCCUUGAUCAUCUUGGCUGCCCUCGUCUGCACAGGUUCCAGCUUGUCAAUCUCCUUCUUCAACUGUGGUGCUCAGAACUGGUCACAGGAUUCUGACCAAGGCAGAAUAGAGUGGGACUAUUACCAGUACUUCCCUUGGGACGCGGGUGGCGCUGUGGGUUAAACCACAGAGCCUAGGGCUUGCCAAUCAGAAGGUCGGCGGUUCAAAUCCCCGCGAUGGGGUGAGCUCCCGUUGCUCUGUCCCAGCUCCUGCCAACCUAGCAGUUCGAAAGCACACCAAAGUGCAAGUAGAUAAAUAGGUACUGCCUCUGGCGGGAAGGUAAACGCCGUUUCCGUGCACUGCUCUAGUUCGCCAGAAGCGGCUUAGUCAUGCUGGCCACAUGACCCGGAAGCUGUACGCCGGCUCCCUCGGCCAAUAAAGCGAGAUGAGCGCCACAACCCCAGAGUUGGUUACGACUGGACCUAAUGGUCAGGGGUCCCUUUACCUUUACCUUUAUUACUUCCCUUGAUCUGGACACUAGACUUCUGUUGAUGCAGCCUAGAAUAUCCCUAGCUUUUUUGCUGCUGCAUCACACUGUGGACUCAGCUUAUGGUCCACCAAGACCCUUAGAUCCUUUUCACAUGUACUGCUAGUAAGCCAGAUGUCCCCAUCCUAUAUUUGUGCAGCUGUCUUCUUUACCUGCAGCACACCUGAUGUCACAUAUGAUCUUGUGGGGCCGGUGUGUGUGGCUUGGGUAAAAUGGCCUCACAGGUCAUAUUAGGAUCCCUGGUGGUCCUAAUAUGGCUCAAGGACCAAAGGUUUUCAGUGUUUGACAUAAAUGCAUGAGAGGGAAUAUUUUGGGGUAUCAAUACAAUGUCAGGUAAUUCAUUGUUCCACUAACUCAAAAAUAAUGGCAGAUGUCAAAGGAAGGAGCUCAACCAUGACCUAAAGGUCACUUAUCUUAUUUUGAAACUUAUUUUGAAAAACUAAAAACUUAAAAGAAAACUUAUUUUGCAGGGGGGCAGGAAAGAUGCUGAAUAAAAUAUUAUUCAGAGAGCAGGCCUGAGAUUUACAAUAAAAUGCAUUGCUAUAUAAUGUUUUCUUUGUUAAUUCUGUUUUAUCACCCUGUCAAAAAUCUAUAAAUAUAGAGAUGUUUAUACAGACAUCAGAUUCAGUCCAUCAGAGCCUUCUGGGCUUUUAGGUUAGGAAACUCAUUAUUGCUGUGUGUCUGUGGGACAUGUCAGACAUAUCAUUAUGGGUAAAAGUUUAAGAAAACAUUUGAAAUAUUAUUUGCUUGUGACAAUCAGUAAAUUGUGGCUUCAUCCACAUUUCCAUACCUUAUCUUGCUAAUGUGUAAAUAUUGUUUGAUGAUGAAGAUUUGCACUAUAUCUAUAGUCCACCUUCAUUUCAAGAAAUAUAUUUUCUGAAGUCUUUUUGAUUGAAAACGUUUUGUUGGAGUAGCUCCUUUCAGAACACACAGUGCCUAAUUAACUGGUAAGUGUUUUCGAAAUACCAGGAGUAUGAUAGUCUCCUAAGGGAGGUGGAAACAUAACAUUACAGUGAAGAUAAUUUGGUAUAGUUUGGCAUUACGUGACUCCCCCACACGCACCAUGCUGGGAAGCUACUGGGUAACAAUUGCACCAUUGUUGGGAUUCUUAGUUCAAUGAUUAAUCCAUGCCCGUUUGCAUAUAAACAAAGUACUGGGAUCACAGGUCGAUUGUCUUAGCUUUACAGGGAAUGAAACUGUAAGCUAUCCCUCAUCAUAUCAGAAGUAAUAUACACUUUGUGUUUUAUGUUCUCAGCAGGAAAACUUAGCUUCAGGUAAUAUUUUUUGACCAUCUGGAUUCAUCUUGGAUCCAUAGUAUUUGCAUAGCUAUGUUCAUUAUUUUUCACAGUAAGAGGGCCACCCUUACUUGUUUCCAUGAAAGUUUUGCCUCACAGAAUUAUCUUUAUCAUCUGCUAAUCACCAGACAAAAGGAAGCAGGCCUGGCCUUGGUUAAGAAAAUAACUAUCAGUUAAAGCUGAUGGUUUAAAGCUUUAAGCAGCAGUCAGUAGUUCAUCUUCAGGGAUAAAUAAAGAAAACUCUCCAAUCUGCAGGCGCUUUCGUCUAGGAAUGCAUUUGCCAUGUGGCUGCAGUACCCAAAAGUGUUUUCUCAAUUAUCACUAAAAGUGCCUUUGAGACAUUCAUGUGACUCUGUUUUUAUGUGUGAAUAUUCUGGAACAAUACAACCUUUAGAAUACAUCUGAAGGCAGCUCUGUAUAGGGAGAUUUUUAAUGUUUACUGUUUUAAUAUGUUUUUAUAUAUGUGGGAAGCCUUACAGAGUUGCUGGGGCAACCCAGGAAGAUGGAUAGGGUACAAAUAUAACAACAACUAUUAUUAUUAUUAUUGACACAAUACUUUUUUGUGAAUCAGCUUGUGAUCUUCAGAUGAAGGGUGGUAUACAAAUAGAAUAAAUUAAAAGAAAUAAAAUAAACUGAGUAAAAUGAUUAAAAAGCUGGGAGCUGGGGAUUAGAGGAAAAGAAAAGGAUCUAGCUAAGUUGAAUAAGUCUUCAGCAGACAUCCAUGGGAAUGGAACAGGCUUGAAGAAGAGAAAAAUUGAAUAGCCUCCUGAGUAUCCAAAAAGGGAAAUAGUAUGAGGGUCUAUGAUGUGAUCAGUUAUAAGAAAUAAGCUUCCUGAUUGGCAUUAGCUCUGACAACGGAGGUCGAUUACUUUAAUGGCAAUGCUGGACAGAACAGAUAUUAAAUUCUAAAUAACUCAAGUACUGGUGACCAAAGGUAGACAAACUACCCAGAAGGAACAUGAUGUGUCCCCCACCAAAGGUACUACCCCUUAACCCCCCCACACACCCUAGAGACAUAUAAUUUAUUUAUUUACUGCAGGAGGGGGCCUGAUGGAGCUGUCCUCCUCCCUUGAUGGGACGCAGGUGGUGCUGUAGUCUAAACCACUGAGCCUCUUGGACUUGCCAGUUGGAAGGUCGGUGGUUCGACAGGGUGAGCUCCCAUUGCUCUGUCUCAGCUCCUGCCAACCUAGCAGUUCGAAAGCAUGCCUGUGAAAGUAGAUAAAUAGGUACCGUUAUGGUGGGAAGGUAAAUGGCAUUUCUGUACAUUCUGGCACUUGUCACGGUGUCCUGUUGCACCAGAAGCGGUUGAGUCAUGCUGGCCACAUGACCCAGAAAGCUGUGUGUGGACAAACACCGGCUCCCUCAGCCUGAAAGCGAGAUGAGUGCUGCACUCCAUAGUUGCCUUUGACUGGACUUAACAUUCCAGGGGUCCUUUGCCUUUUACCUUUUAUCCUCCUCCCUUGCUGAUAUCAGCGGUGGUUCUGGCUGUCUUGCCCUCCUUGAAAGCAAGCUCAAACCCAAGAGCAGAUCAGGUGAAAAUGUUGAGCACAAGGGAAAGCAGCACCAGUCACUUAGUUUUUCCUUAAGACAGCAGCCUUGACAGCAGUUGGGCUCCUCAAUGUUUGUAUUGGAUGUAGGAGAGGUUCCAGGGACUCAUUAAGCUUGCACUAAUUUUGUGGCCCAUGUGUAAGUUGAAUCACAUAUGUGACAGCUGCAAUGGGUGGGGAUUUGGCUUAAUCCACUGUAGCUUUCUCUGUAAUUUUGCAGUGAUACAGCGCUCGUUGCUAAAAGCCUAGGCCAGGCUUCCUCAACCUCAGCCCUCCAGAUGUUUUUGGCCUACAACUCCCAUGAUCCCUAGCUAGCAGGACCAGUGGUCAGGGAUGAUGGGAAUUGUAGUCUUAAAACAUCUGGAGGGUCGAUGGUUGAGGAAGCCUGGCCUAGGCAGCCAAUGUAGUGCUCUCCAGAUGUUGUCAGCCUAGAGCUCACAGCAUCCCUUUCCAUUGUCUUUGCUGGCUGGAGUUGGCAGUCCAGCAACAGGAGGGCCCCACAUGAGCUAUGUGGCUCAGAGCAGUAGCAAAAUAGGCACAUAGCCUUCAGCUUCUGCAGAGUUCCAGGUGAACUGAGCUCCUUGGUACAGGGGCUCACCAAAGACGUGUCAAGAGCCGUCAUAGCAUGGAGCAGCCCUAACUGUCGUAGUUAUGCUGUUUAGUGAUGAUCAAAUAACAUCUUUCAGAUGUGGCUGCCCUUAGACUCAUAGACACUCAGUGUUUUCCAACAGAUCCGAGCCUCUGAAUUUCAUUCUUCUAGAUUGAUACUUAUGAUGUGACAGUAACUGAAGACCUCGGGGAGAUCCAGCUGAUAAAAAUUGAGAAACGGAAGUACUGGUUUCCUGAUGACUGGUACUUGAAGUAUGUCACCGUGAAAACACCCAUGGGUGACUACUUAGAGUUUCCUUGUUACAGAUGGAUUACAGAUGACAAAGAGGUGGUACUCCGAGACGGACGAGGUGAGUGCUUUGCAGUGUCCUUGACUAAGAGCACUAGGCAAAGCCAGAGAACCUCUUUACUUAGUUCCUAACUUUACAUAUUUGUUGUAUUACUCCAAGGUAUCCAGACAAGAGAUACGACUCAUCACCCCCAAUAUGUAAAUCAGAUUGUUCUGUUCAGUCCAGAAAAGUUGCUAAGUAGCUCCUUUGCUAUGAUAGUCCACCAGAUUGCAUGUAUGGAAAAUAGUUAAAUCUGCUGUAUUACAUUUCUAUCGGGCACAACUACAAUAAUAUUAUUUAUUCUUUAAUGAUUGCUAAUUAAAAAAACAAAGCAGUAGUUGAGAAUGUACCACUACAGUGAUAUGGACUUUAAGCAGAAUAACAUAACAUAAGCAAGAUAGGAAACUUAUCUCCAUUUGGUCGCCUAGAGCUCCAGGAACCAACGACAGAGCCAACUGGCUAGCACACAACACCCAACCAGUCAGGGCUUACAUCAAAGCACAAAUUUAUAUACUUCAGACCCUUAGUGGCUGAGUGCCUCCAGGCCUGAUAUCUAAAUCUUCUGUCUUGUUCCAGAAGUCAUUACUGGGAUGGUGUGGGGUGUGUGUGUGUGUUACAUUACCUGCCACAUCCUGGUGACACUUAUAUCUGAAACACAAACAGUAAAUCAAGACAAUAAAGCAAAGCAAAAAACCUUGCCAACACGUAUGGAGAAAUAAUUGGACAAACCAACUGGACUUCCAGAAGGGUGAUCUGUUUCCUCCUUCAGCUGUCUCCACUCAUCACUGGUGAUGGCCCUUGACAAAUUAAGCCCAAAGAAAUGUGGUCAUUGGCUGAAAAAGCUUGCCCACCCCAGCCCAGAAGAUUAAGAGUUUGAGACAUGAAGGAACAUGUAGAGGAAGAAUAGGCAGAGAGGAAGGUACACAUGGCGAAUUGCUAAGAUGAGACAGCUUGAAGUUCGUAAUGACUGGCAAAUAAUCAGCUGCAUUCUUGGCCUUUAGCUUAUUAGUAUGAAGGAGAGAACUGUGCUUGCCCUUUGUACAAAGCUGUUGGUGCAUUUUUCAGUCUGCGUAUCUUUUCAUCACCUUCCACAGCCAAGCUUUCUGCGGAUGACAAGACUCAAGUCCUUAAGCAUCACAGACGCAAAGAGCUGGAGGAUCGUCAGAAGAUGUAUCGGUCAGUUUCCUAAAACUUCCUAUUUAGCGCUAUAAUUUUUCUAUAGUACCCUGAAGUUGUGAUCAAGGAGACCUAGCUUUAAUUUUACUAUAUAAUGAAACACCAAUGCCUACAAGCUGUGGCUCUCAAACGUCUCUCAGACAAUGCUUGGACAAUGCUUGUAUAUUUCAUAGAGACUUAGAGUCACACACAGCCAUCACUUCUGGCUCCCAUUUUAAAACAAAUGGAACUGCUACAUAAAGUACAAGGGCAUUCUGCAUGUUGCAUAUAUGCUGAGUUUAUUAGGCAAGCAUUAGUUUUUACUAGUUGGCUGUGAAGUCCAGUCUCAGCAAUAAUACAGCAAUUUAUCAACACAUAGAUUGUCUGAAUUUUUUCCGCAAACGCUGGACUCUUGCGGUAACGGGGGGAAAGUUCUCUGAUUAAAAAUGAAUCAAAUUCAUAUGAGUUUCAAUUACAUCAGUUUUCUGAUCUAGGUCAAAGUAAAGCUUCGUCUUCUGCACUAGUGAGAUAGAGAAAACGUAGUAUACUCAUGACCCAAGAAACGUUGAUUAGUUGCAAAGCCGGAAAGGGGGGCAUUCAUACAUCUUCUUCUUUUUAAACCAGAGAAUAGAGUGCAAUGAAAAGCCUUUUGCGUAUUACAUAUACCGUAUUUUUCGCUCUAUAAGACGCAGCAGACUGUAAGACGCACCUAGUUUUUGGAGGAGGAAAACAAGAAAAAAAAUAUUCUGAAUCUCAGAAGCCAGAAUAGCAAGAGGGAUCGCUGCACAGCGAAAGCAGCGAUCCCUCUUGCUGUUCUGGCUUCUGGGAUAGCUGCGCAGCCUGCAUUCGCUCCAUAAGACGCACACACAUUUCCCCUUACUUUUUUAGGAGGGAAAAAGUGAGUCUUAUAGAGCAAAAAAUACGGUAUGCAGGGACUACAAAUUAUGGCUGGGUUUGGUAGCAAAAGAUACAUCUAGGCAUGCUCAGGUACCCAGAGGCACUAUUCCACACCCAAAGAUAGCUUGUCCAGUUCAUAAGCACCACCGCCACCCCAGUUGUUGACUAAGGUAUAUGCAGGAAACAACUAAAAGUUGUGUGAUCAUUUCUGGCUAUCUGGUGGGCAGUAGCAGAUGGGAGGGGAGUCGCCACUGUCCUUGCUGCCGAAUGGAUUGGACGGAAGAAGGGACCGUGGCCAGGUUGUGUUUCCUGUCCCAGCUUGCCCUCAAAUGGAGAAGCUGCCUUCUGAGUUAUUUUCAUUUUUAACCAGGUGGGCAGAAUGGCACCCAGGCUUCCCCCUGAACAUAGAUGCCAAAUCUCACAAGGAAUUGCCUCGAAACAUCCAGUUUGACAGCGAGAAAGGAGUCGACUUUGUUUUGAAUUAUACUAAAGCGUGAGUAUUAUGGUGGCUCUCAUUAUUUGGUAGCGAUAUUCUGGAUUGGUCUGGGAUAAUGGGGGAAAGGACAAAACUGAUUAAAGUACAAUUUAAACAAAUAUUUUAAUCAUGUAACACUUUAAAUGAUGAUGCAAAACAGCACUUUAUUCCAUUUUGAAUGUAAAAUUUCAGUAAUCAGGACAAUAGUAACAAACACAAUACUUAUGACUAUACUUCAUAAAUGUUACCUUUACAGUACAACCCAAAUAAUCAAUAAAAUGAUGCCAACUCUAACAACAUAUUCUAAUUUUAUCUACCCAGCCCCUGUCUUCUCACAAUCUAGCUAAAUUUGUAAAAUUAGCCACUUCUAAUAUAGUCUAAGUUGCUUUAAAACAAAUCUUUUGUAUGGAGGCUUUGCCUGUCUGUCCAACCACUGUCUCAAUUAUUGCUGUAUUUAUUUAUUUAAAAGCAUUAAAAAACCACAUAAUGUUUUUCAAAGAUGUCUUGUUCACUUCUUUAUAAUGGCAUUGUUGAGUUUGGAUCCCAAUCCACAAAUCUUUUCAUUUAGCAGUAAGUUGCAUGCACAGGACUACAUGCAAGGGUGAACUGGAAGUAGAGUUGUGUGGAAAUGACUCCUUAAAGUUCUCCACUUUGUUAAUGGGUAGAGAAAUUGGUGGCCGUUUCACCAAAUUUCUCCAAGGGGAGGAGUAGUCCUCCAACAGUUUCUCAGUGGUGGGGCUCACAGCACUGGCAGUGCUAUUAAUACAGUUUUUCCUAAGGUUUGUUUUUGCUGCUGCUGCAAUGCCACCUGUGUUUGCAUCCAGUCCAAUUAGUUUAAUAUGGUCAUAGACGGUGUUUGCCUUUUUUAAAUCCUCCAUGAUGCCUUGGACUUGGCGUUCCAGAGAAUUGUGAUGGAGAAAUAGCAGCUACCAUUAAAAAUGGUGGAUAAUGUUCAGCAAAAAAAUUGCAACUCAACCUUGUUUUUCCAGGAGGAUUAGAAAAAGAAAAAUCUUAGAUACAUACUCAGUAAAAUGUCUCCUGAGAAAUUUUGUUGCAGUUCUUUGGAAGGUAACAUAAGAUGAUUUAGAAGUGGUGCCAGUGUCCAAUAUGUUUUAAAACACUGGUACCAUUUCGCUUGUGAGAUUUAGUUCCUCAAUUUAUUCCCCUUCAUUUAAUCUACGUCCUUCAUUUCUGAAGACUUCAUACAGAAGUAAAGAAGUUAUGGGAAAAGUGAAAUGUGCAAGGAGAGAAAUGAAACAAAAAAGAUUGCAGCCAAUGACCUCACAGUAUUUUUGGUUUUUUUAGGAUGGAAAAUCUCUAUGUUAAUCGUUUCAUGCACAUGUUCCAAUCUUCCUGGAGUGACUUUGCAGAUUUUGAGAAGAUCUUUGUCAGAAUAAGCAAUACCAUUUCUGGUAAGAUCGAUUGCAGUUGUUGACACUAGCAUCACAAGAUGAAUUAAUUUUUAUGUUACUGACCAAAAUUUCAGUUUGGACGCCAUUUAGUAGUUUUUCAGCUAAAAACCUUUGGGAUAUGUGUUAGGCCAAUAAUUCUUGGAAUUUAUGUACCCAGCGGUUGCACAAGUCGAAGGGCAUUCAAGAAACUAAAGGUAAGUAAUGUAAAUUUAUUAAUUUAAUUACAGCUUAUACUGUACUGUAAUAAUGGUACACUAAAGGCAAUGUGUGUUAGGAGGUAAAACCUGUAAACGUGUAUCUCAGUAGCCAAAUCAUGGAGUGAUAAGCCUGUAGAAACCGAGUUUUCAUUUUUACCAUAGCAGGGAAGCCUUGAGAGGCCACAGUAAACCAAUAAGCUUUUGGAAAAGAGGUAUAAAACAGGCCACCCGUCCCUAAUAGUUUUGCACAGUAGAGACCUAGCUAGUGGGGAAAGUCAAGUUAGAAUCAGCAAAGUCUACUUAGCUUUCACCUCAAAGUCAGUGUAACUUUUAGUUUUUAGGGGAGGAAAGAGCAGCAAACCGAGCAAAAAAAGGAAGUAUUUGCUGAAAGCUUCAGUUUUUCGUGCAGUUUUCAAAACCAGAGUGCAAAUUGCAGCUUAAAACUGUGGGGUAACUUGCCCUUAUCUUGAUUUAAGAACAGAGUAGGCCUGACUUAAGGUUGUCAAGAGCACCUUGAAAGUGAAAGGAUAGUCCUCCAUCCAAGUCUUAGCCAGGGGUGAAAUGGCCAACGUCAGUUUCUCUCACUUUUUCCUCUUUGCAACCUUGAACUCAGUUCUGAAAACUUGAAUGCACAUUCUUGUACACAUUACUUGGUUGGAGAUCUGGACUGCAAUAUUCCGAGACGUGUGGGUUUUCUGAAGGAAGGCUACAUGUUGGCUUGCAUAUUGUUUUGCAAAAUGCAAAUUAGGUAGGGUCAGCUGUCCCGAAUCAAAUUUCUCCCCCAUCCUUACUUUCAGCACUGCAUAAGACCACUUCUCAACUACCGUAUUUUUCGCUCCAUAAGACGCACUUUUUCCCUCCUAAAAAAUAAGGGGAAAUGUGUGUGCAUCGUAUGGAGCCUCCUGCCUGCAUUCGCAUCUGGGAUGCAUACAGGUUCUGCUCAGUGCUCCCUUUAAAGAGCGCGUGGCUCUUGCUGGCUUUUCCAGGAGGUGGGGGAAGGGACUGACUGCCCUCUGUCCCUUCCCACACCUCCUGGAAAAGCCAGGAAGAGCCGCUGCCAGGCUCUGCUCAGCGCUCCCUUGUAAGGGCUCCCUUUUGUCCCUCAUCCCGCUUUGCUGGGAAGCCAGCAGAACAAGAGCCGCUGCGCAGCUAUCGCUCUUGCUCUGCUGGCUUCAGCGAGAGCUGCGCAGCUUGCUCUGCUGGCUUCUCAGCAAAGUGGGAGGAGGGACGGAAGGGUUUAAAGCAAGAAAAGUGAGAGCCACUUACAUUUUUUUUUUUAAAUGAUAUUUAUUAAAAUUUCAAAAAAAUACAAGAAUUACACAAAAACAAAAAAUAAAAAUACAAAAAAAUACAAAAUACAGCAAGAAGAAUAAAAAAACCCUUAUUAAGAUAUAACAAAGCAAUGAAAAAUAAAAAGAAACAAACAAAAUAAAAACAGUUAAAAACACAUUAAUUUUCCAUAGCAUAUCUUCCUUACACUUAUUUCCCCGGACCUCCUCAUACCUCCCUUUUUUGUAUUCCAGUUCAAUUUGUUAGUUCAGCAAAUCCUUACCAUUAAGCUUUUACCCAUUUAUAAACCUUUUUUUCAUAUCUCUUAAAGCAUUACAGCUGGAAACCACUUAGUUUCUAUCCAACAUCCUUCUAAGAUUCAUUAAUUUUACAAUACUUCUGUAAAUAGUCUUUAAAUUUCUUCCAGUCUUCUUUCACCGACUCUUCUCCCUGGUCUCGGAUUCUGCCAGUCAUUUCUGCCAAAAGUGAGAGCCGCUUACAUGCUUUGCACAGAAUAUUUUUUUCUUGCUUUCCCCCUCUAAAAACUAGGUGCGUCUUAUGGUCAGGUGUGUCUUAUGGAGCGAAAAAUAUGGUAGUCAGUUUCAAAAAGCUUUUAAAGGGAGUCCUAGAGGGCUUCAACUGCCCCAUAGCCUCUGCAUCAUCCCGACUUAAUCACCACCCAGUAUCCACUCCCUUGACCAGGCAUAGGCAAACUCGGCCCUCCAGAUGUUUUGGGACUACAAUUCCCAUCAUCCCUGACCACUGGUCCUGUUAGCUAGGGAUGAUGGGAGCUGUAGUCCCAAAACAUCUGGAGGGCUGAGUUUGCCUAUGCCUGCCCUUAACCAUAGGUAGGCAAACUAAGGCCUGGGGCCUGGAUCCGGCCCAAUCGCCUUCUAAAUCCGGCCCACGGAUGGUCCGGGAAUCAGUGUGUUUUUACAUGAGUAGAAUGUGCCCUUUUAUUUAAAAUGCAUCUCUGGGUUAUUUGUGGGGCAUAGGAAUUCGUUCAUCCCCCCCCCCCAAUAGUCUGGCCCCCCUUGACAAACAUCCCCAUUCUCACAGCACUAAAUGGACCUCAGUCCAUCUGCCAUGCCAUUCCUGCUCACCGGAAUUUGGCAAGCUCAGUAGUUUGACUUCUUGUUCUACUUGGUUCCAUCAGCAACUAGACAGGGCUAUAUAUGUAGAACAAUUUAGCAAAGGAGCCCAUUAUGUGUAUGUAUGCUUUUUAUGUAACAAUAUUUUAAUAUCCAGUCUCUCCCAGCGCCUUUAAUGAAGACUGUAAGUGUGCUGGGCAUAUCAUGUUGUUAAAGAAAUUUACCCUGAGCCUCAUUUUCAGGCUCUGCCUUCCUUUUCUCUGUUUGGUUUAUUAUUUUUUUGUUUUACUUGAUAUAGUUUAAUAUAGAAUAGUUAUUAUUUUUUGGAAGGAGUUCUGCUAAAAAUAGUCUUUGGGUUUCGUUCUCUUUUUUCUCCUGUUAGAGUACGUGAUGCAGCAUUGGCAAGAAGAUUUUAUGUUUGGAUACCAGUUCCUGAAUGGGUGCAAUCCUGUAUUGAUCCAAAAGUGCACAGAGUUACCAAAGAAAUUUCCCGUGACUACGGAAAUGGUAGAAUGCAGUUUGGAGAGAAAUCUGACUCUGGAAGAGGAAAUCAAGGUAUAAACAUGGAACGGAUUUAUUUCAGUGUUAUAGUACUCAUCAGUUUAAAAGCUUUUCAGGAAAUGUAUAGAAGCAGAUUGCAUUCUUUGGGAGAGGAGUGCUUUGUCAUCCAAACAGAAGAUUUGCAGUUUGAACACUGAGUUGAAAUUCAGUGAAUCAGUUUGUAUGUAAAGUACGUAAUUUGAAGGCAACAUUCAGGUCAGGAUAGGGAAUGCCUACUAUACAGUAUUAUGGGAUACACUUUUUAAUGCUGAACAUUUUGAUGAAAUUAUAAUACUUCUUCCUUGGCUCCAUGAGGAAUGAUGGUCCUGUGAGCCACCGGGAGGGAGCAAGUUAUCCUUCCUCCGAUGAUCACAUAAAUAAAAAGAUUACUAACCCUAUUAACACAUUGUUAUAUUAUAUUUCUUUUAAAGCAAUAACAUCUGCCCACCCCCAUUGUCUGACUUGUCUUUAAGACAGGAAGCUUCUUGAGGGCAGACACCUGUUUCUUUUUGUAAAACUCUGUGAAAUACAUGAGAUGUAUGAGACAUCUAACAGGCUUUGGAGGCAAGUUCUGCUGGAAUCAAAAACUUAGGAUACAGUGGCUCUCCAAAGAUAAUUUGCUCAUCCUGGUUCCACUGAGGCUCAGCCGGUCUUGGCUUCUGGGAUGUCAACAAGGCCAAUGUUAAUCCCCCAAAAGGGAUGUCCUGCAGGGAGACUUAGGCUGGAUCUCAACCCUGUCCAGCUCAGCUGUAUGACCUAGCAACCCAGUGUAAGGUAAAGGUAAAGGGACCCCUGACCAUCAGGUCCAGUCGUGGCUGACUCUGGGGUUGCGGCGCUCAUCUCGCUUUGUUGGCCGAGGGAGCCGGUGUACAGCUUCCGGGUCAUGUGGCCAGCAUGACUAAGCCGCUUCUGGCGAACCAGAGCAGCACACGGAAACACCGUUUACCUUCCCGCCAGAGUGGUACCUAUUUAUCUACUUGCACUUUGACGUGCUUUCGAACUGCUAGGUUGGCAGGAGCAGUGACCGAGCAACGGGAGCUCACCCUGUCGUGGGGAUUUGAACCGCCGACCUUCUGAUCGGCAAGUCCUAGGCUCUGUGGUUGAACCCACAGUGCCACCCACGUCUCCAUCGGCAUUAAGUCCCUGGCGCUGGCUCAGCCAAAGAUAAUUUGCUCAUCCUGGUUCCACUGAGGCUCAGCCGGUCUUGGCUUCUGGGACGUCAACAAGACCAGUGUUAAUCUUCCAAAAGGGAUGUCCUGCAGGGAGACUUAGGCUGGAUCUCAACCCUGUCCAGCUCAGCCGUAUGACUUAGCAACCCAGUGUAGAACGCUCUUUUAAAGGCUUGUUUUGCUUCUGCCUUGCUUCGGGAGAACGACAGCAGCUGUCCCGCUGCUGAACAGUUUUUGGAUCCGGUGUAACUUUUCUCUGGCUUAACCUGUUUGCUUUAAGCCAGUUUCUUGGGCAUAGGAUUGCUGCCCUAAGAAUUUAGUGCAUUCUCAGGGACGAAAAUCUGAAGCUCCUAAAAAGAGGCUUAAAGGACAACACAUUUAUGCUACGUAAGUUACAAUAUUGUGAUGUUAUGUUGGUCACAAGUAAUGUUGCAUGUAAAACAUACUUCAGUUAAUAUCUCACCACAUUUUCUUAAUGCUAAGAACCUCACAAGACGAGGAUGUAGCUAAAACAUAGAUUUUUCUUUUCAUUUAUUGUGGGGAGAGUAUGUAUUUUUGUGACUAAUGUAACAUGCUCAAGAGCAUACAUCGUACUGCCUUUAAGCUCAUCUGAUUUUGUUCCUAACAUAAAAUUUCUUGUCAUUUCACCAAAUGAGAAAGUAAAGCUAUCAAUAACCUAUUCUCUAGCUUCUUGGAGAAUAGAGAAUUUUAACUGCGCUUGGGGGGUGGAAUGGGAAUAGAGAAAUUCUGAGUCAUCUUGUAUGUCACACUUCUGGUUGUUUACUCCAAUUUCAAAAUAACGUUGCCAUAUGAAACUCUUGAAAAUUAUAUUUAGAAUUAUAUUGAACAUGUUAUCGAUGUCCAAAAAUGAAAGCCGAGUCUGUAGGUUGGCAUUUUCAUGGAAUAACCCAUUAAUCAAAGUAAACAAGUGUGCGUGUUUUCUUUCAUUUUUGCUACAGCAAGGGAAUAUUUUCAUAGUGGAUUAUGAACUUCUGGAUGGUGUUGAAGGCAAUAAGACUGACCCCUGCACUGUGCAAUAUCUGUCUGCUCCAGUCUGCUUAUUAUAUAAGAAUUUAGAGAAGAAGAUUGUCCCUAUUGCAAUCCAGGUAAUCUAUGUUUUACCCACUAAAAUAAUAAUCUUUCAUUAUUGAAAGAAUUGUAAACUAUUUUGUUACACUUUCCAGAUAAAACAAGCUCCUGAGCCAGAGAAUCCUAUUUUCCUGCCAUCAGAUGCAAAGUAUGACUGGUUAUUGGCCAAAAUUUGGGUACGUUCUUCUGAUUUCCACGUCCAUCAGACUGUUACUCACCUCCUUCGGACUCACUUAAUUUCUGAAGUGUUUGGAGUAGCCAUGUUCCGGCAACUGCCUUCCGUCCAUCCUCUCUUUAAGGUGGGUUAAUUGGGUGCUAGGAAGAUGUGCAUAUCAGACAUGAUUGUUUUGUUUCUGCAAGACCUGCAAUUUUCUGUUAAAUGUAUUGUUAAUAAAAGUAAUAUUUGGUAUUGUACAGACAAGAGAGCCCCUGUAUAUUUAAGGCAGAUAAGGCAAACAGCAUUCUAUCAUUAUAAGACUGGAAUAUAUAUAUAUAUAUAUAUAUAUUCAAGAUAAUUUGUCCCAGCUCUAUGAAAUGUGGCAAAAAAAAUUACCUCUUCUGAAUUGUAAAAUGGCUCAUUUUAAAAAUAUUCCACUAAGAAAAAGCUAAGAUAACACAGUUAAACAGUCUUCUUAAGUGCAGUGUUUCUUAAAAAAAACCUGGCCAUUUUAAUUUUCUUUGAGCCGUUUUAAUUUGACCAGUAUUAGAUAAAAAAAGCACACAAAUAAAUAAAUAGUGUCUUCAAGUGGCAAAUUGUCUGCAAUGAUUUGUGUCUGAAGCUGGAAGUAACGUGCAGGAUGAAGAUGGAUUAAUGGUUCAUACCUUGUUAAAGAGUGUGCCCUGGGGUGCCCUUGGACAACAACACUAUGUAUAAUUGGUCUGAAUUAUGUGCAUCUGUAAGCCUUCUCUAAACUGCCCAAAUUGACAAAUCAAUAUCUUUGUAUCAUUUUGCUGGAGAACCCUAUUUAACCUUCAAUUCUGGUGCAGUGCAGUCCAACAUGUUUGAAUAUUACCUACAUGUUUGAACGCCUUUUGGCAGUACAGUGGUACCUCGGGUUAAGUACUUAAUUCGUUCCGGAGAUCUGUACUUAACUUGAAACUGUUCUUAACCUGAAGCACCACUUUAGCUAAUGGGGCCUCCUGCUGCUGCCGUGCGGCCAGAGCACAAUUUCUGUUCUCAUCCUGAAGCAAAGUUCUUAACCCGAGGUACUAUUUCUGGGUUAGCGGAGUCUGCAACCUGAAGCGUAUGUAACCUGAAGCGUAUGUAACCCGAGGUACCACUGUAUAAGGUGCAUGUUUCUCAUACUGCAGAUCUGAUAUCUAGCAGCAUCUAUCAAAUUGUAAAGGACUAUGCUUUGAAACUGCCUUCAGUUCAUACACAUAAUUUAUAUUAAAGCUGUAGUUCCUUAUUUGAAAGCAAGUUGUUUUGGGAGCCCAUCACAUUCCAUUGUUAACACUGAAGGAAUAAUUCAUUCUUAUCUAUUUUCUCUUCUGGUUUACAGCUCCUGGUAUCCCAUGUGCGGUUUACAAUAGCCAUCAACACUAAAGCCCGAGAACAGCUUAUCUGUGAAUAUGGCCUUUUUGACAAGGUGAGAGAGCCUUGAUUUCAUAAUUUUGGACCUCAAGGAAGUGGCUUUCACAUAGUUCUUUCCAUAAAAUAAAUAAAAUUAAAUUUAAAAAAUCAAAAAAUUCCUUCCAGUAGCACCUUAGAGACCAACUAAGUUUGUUAUUGGUAUGAGCUUUCGUGUGCAUGUACACCUCUUCAGAUACACUGAAACAGAAGUCACCAGACCCUUAUAUAUAGUGAGAGAGUGGGGAGGGGUAUCACUAAGGAGGGGGUGGGAAUGGGUGAUUGACUGAUAGGUGUGGUAAACCUGUUGACUGUUAACAACUGCAAUUGGUCUUACAGGAAAAAGCAAGAGAUGAGGUGGCUUUAUCAUGUAUAAUGAGAUAAGAUAAAGCUAUUUUUAGCCAUCUCACCCCUUCCUUUUUCCUGUAAGAUCAAUAUUUUAUUCAACAGUAAGCUCCACUAUAUUCCGUGGUUUUUACUCUGAAAUACAGUACAAGUUGUAAAGGGGCUUCUUAUCAGUAAAGAGAUGCCCAUGUUGAAGCAGAUAUGAGCAGCUGAAUAGCAAGGCCAGACAACAUGCAGCUGACACAAUGCUGGCAGAAGAGAAAACACAGAACUCAAAAUAGAGGCUUGGAAUUAUUACAAAACUAGAGCAGACUGUAAAAUAAUCAAGUAAACCCAAGCCAAGGCACCAAAGAGAAAAACCCACAAGGUCGGACCUAAAGAAAACCCCCCUCACAAGCCCUCUAACCAUAGCUGUCAACCUUCCCUUUCUUUGCGGGAAAUUCCCUUAUUCCAGUGCCAUUUCCCGCUGCUUCCUGCUGCUAUCCCAGAUUGUUAGAUAUCCCGUAGACUGUCCCCGGGACAGGUGAGGCUGCUGAUCCCUUAUUUUCGAGGCUGCUGAUCCCUUAUUUUCAAAUCUGAAAGUUGACAGCUUGUGCCUCAAACGGCCAUGCCUUUUACAUGAAGGAAAAUCUCCCCAAAGUAAUUUUAUUUGGACUCAAGCUAAUUGCAUAAUUUCCAGUCUCCAGUUACUGUAACGCUUGGCUUCUUUAAAACAAGCGAACAUAUACCAUUACGAAUACUGAUUUGUAGUUAAGCAGUUAAUCUGUAGAGUGAGAUUUUAUGCUGGUUCUAUUUAGGACUAGCAUGACUGACUUAGGUUCAUUAAUUUAAGUGGGUCUACUCUGAGUAGGUCUAGCAUUGGAUAUAACCUAUUCCAGUGUCUUUCAUAUUAUGUUUACCAUCCACUUAGCUGGCAGGUUUCUUAUUCUGUAAAGGGAACAAUAAAAACAAUUUUUACACAAUGACUAUGUAAAGGAAAGCACACGUCCUUAUUUCUUGCUUGGCCUGACAAGGUUGUAUGCAUUCUUUGGCGGACUUGGAAGUGGUCAACGGCCAUGCGUUGGGCAUGUGUGUUGGUCAAGGAGGUUUAAAGGUAAAGGGACCCCUGACCAUUAGGUCCAGUCGUGACCCACUCUGGGGUUGCACGCUCAUCUCGCUCUAUAGGCCGAGGGAGCCGGCGUUUGUCCGCAAACAGCUUCCGGGUCAUGUGGCCAGCAUGACCAAGCCGCUUCUGGUGAACCAGAGCAACACAUGGAAAUGCCGUUUACCUUCCCGCCAGAGCGGUCCCUAUUUAUCUACUUGCACUUUGACGUGCUUUCGAACUGCUAGGUUGGCAGGAGCAGGGACCAAGCAACGGGAGCUCACCCCGUCACAGGGAUUCGAACCGCCGACCUUCUGAUCAGCAAGUCCUAGGCUCUGUGGUUUAACCCCAGUGCCACCCGCGUCCCGUUUACAAGGAGGUUUACAAUGGCACUAAUCCCACUCCAUGUGGAUCCAUGUGCACUAUGUCACGGCUGCGUGAUGCAGGUAUCAAAACUUCACUCCAGUGUGGCCUAGGCCCUCAUCUCCAAAUCCCCUUGUACAGUAAGAUCCUCCCCAUUGUUAAGAACACUCAUAUUUAAGGCUAUGGGACACAGGAGCCAACUCUUAGGGGCCAAGGUCCUUUUGCCCCCCCCAAUAAAAGAUUUGAGGGGGCUGCCCCCUCCCCAAGUUGAUGGGUAUUGCCAUUCAAAUGGUGUGUGUGCAAUAUCAUGUGAUCAAUUACCUGUCCCCACAUGUUUUAUUCAAGUUGGCCCCUCUUCUAUGGAGCCUCCAUUCCUUAAUGCUCUCUGCCACUUGUUUUGGGUGCCAAAGGCCAAUGCCACCGGAGGAGGAGGGCUUGCGCAGAUACUCCAGCGAGCAAUGAAGCACCUCACCUACAGUUCCCUGUGCUUCCCUGAAGAAAUCAAGGCAAGAGGCAUGGAAAGCACGGAGGACAUUCCAUACUACUUUUAUCGGGAUGAUGGUCUCAAAGUGUGGGAGGCCAUAAAGAGGUAGGAGAUGGUCUGAAAUAAAGUUUAUUUUGUCAUACUGAGAACCAGGAAAUCUAACUGAGACCUUGGAAGUGUGAAUCCCCAGUCCUCGAUGAACUUUUGGUCUCGUUGAUACCGAAUCUUCCCUGUUAGUUUGUCCAAUUCUGCAUAAUCAUUUCCUUUCUGUUUUCUGCAGCUUUGUGACAGAUGUUGUGGACCUCUAUUACGAUAGCGAAGAGAUGGUUUCUGAAGACGUGGAACUCCAGGCCUUUGUGAAGGACGUCUAUGUUUAUGGGUUGAGAGGAACCAAGGCUUCAGGUGAGACCUGCUAGCCAGAUUCUCUGUCCUGUGGCAUUGCUGGCUAAUGAACAGAAAUGCAUUCCUCCUUUGAUCUGAAGCUGAGUUAGAGAUGUAAAAAUUCCAGCAAAUGAAUCCAUUCUUCUCCUGGAAUAAAUGGAAAUCUGGAAGACAAUCUGAAAUGUAUGCAAUGCUUUCUUAUCACCCCAUUCAAAAGUUACAGAAAAUAAGAUAUUAAUAACAAAAGAAUAGGCAGGACAAGCAUCAAAAUUACUGUUAGCACAAGCGUUUCUCAAUAUAUCAUAUAUGUGCUCUGAACUUCACUUGUAAAAGAAAUAUGAGCAUUGCCAUAAUUGAUAAAGUAUCUGCUAAUCUCUUGAAAAAAAUAUCAAAAAUUCAUUAAUUGUGUUCUACCAUUUACUUGCAUUAGGGACAUUUUUAUCGAUCCCUAUUCUAGCCACUAUAAUAAUGUGUGAUAAAAGUUAACAUAAAUAAUUUGGGCUUUUUAAAAAAAGUGAAUAAAAACAUUUUAAGAUCCAAGUCAAAUUGAUAUAUUGUUGAUAUCAAUCCAGAUCUUUCUUUCUGCAUUCAAAUUUUAUUUAUUAAUCAGGUUGAAAGCAGCAUAGGUUUGGACACUAUCAAUGAAUUUAGUGCAAAACAUUUAAAAAAUACGAAAAUUUCCAUAAUCUGGUAGGCUGGUUUAUAUGUAUUAUUUUGUAAUAAAUUAGCUUAAUCAUAGUUGUUCUCAGGGUCCAGGUAAGUUCAUAUGGAGAAAGGCGGUCCUUGAGGCAUUGCAGUCCUGAGCCGUUUAAGGCUUAUAGGUCAAAACAAGCAUUUGAAUUGGGCCUGGAAGCUAAUUGGCAGCCAGUGCAGUUGGACCAGGAUUUUCUCAUACCGUCUUGCCCCAAUGAGCAACCUGGCCACUGAGUUCUGCACUAGCUGAAGCUUCUGAACUGUGUUCCAGGCAACCCUAUGUAUAGCGCAUUUCAGUAAUCCAGCCUAGAGGUUACCGGAGCAUAGACAACAGAAGUUAGGCUGUCCCUGUUCAGAUAGGGGGGCAGCUGGGCUACCAGCCAAAGCUGAUGGAAAGCAAUCUGCACCACGCAGGCCACCUGAGGCUCAAGCAACAGAAAAGGAUCCUUAAGUAGCCCCAACCUUUGUAGCUGCUCCUUCAGAGGGAGCGUAACCUAGGACCCUUGUACUUACUGGACCGUCUCUCCUGGUAUGCCCCGCAGAGGACCCUAAGGUCCAUGAAUAAUAAUAGCUUGAAGGUCCCGGGCCCUAAGGAAGCCAGACUAUCCUCCACCAGGGCCAGGGCUUUUUCAGUGAUGGCUCCAACCUGGUUUUAACGCUCUGUCCCACGAGACUAGGGCCCUCCUUCCGCAGGGCUUGUAAGACAGAGCUAUUCCGCCUGGCCUUCAAUUUGAAUUAGCCGGAUCCUCUCUUCCCAUUUCCCUUUCCUCUUCUAUGAAGAAACCCUUUAUGGGACCCCACAUUUAAAUUCUUCCCUGGUCUCCUUGCUGGCCCUAGUAGGACCAACUUGGCCAGAUAGCCCUGGUGAUCAUUUGAUGUCUACUGACUGGGUUUUUUGUUUUCCCCCAAAAUGACCCCUGAAUUUUUGAAUUUUAUUGAUAUUGAUGCUGCAUUUUAUGUUGUAUUUUAUGUUGUUUUAUACUGUUUUUAAGUUGCAUUUUAAUCAAUGUUUUAUAUUUGCUGUUAGCCUCCCUGAGCCCAGUUUUUAAAUCGGGAAGGGCAGGGUAUAAAUAAAAAUUUAUUAUUUAUUUAUUAUCAAGAGCAGACAAGCUCCCCUUUCAUCUGGUCUCAUCUCAUGGGACAGUGAAAAAUAAAUGUUGUGUUUCCAGGUGGAGGAGAAUUCAGAAAAGUUCCACAGCCUUCCUUUAGUUUAUUAAUUAUUAAUAUUACUACUACUCUUAUUAAUUUAACUCUUUCUUCUUUCAGGAUUUCCUAAGACAAUAAAGACACGCCAGAAGCUGUCAGAAUAUCUUACCAUAGUGAUCUUUACAGCAUCUGCACAACAUGCAGCAGUAAAUUUUGGUCAGGUACAGUUUAUCUGGAAGCAAUUCUGUCCUUGAAGUGGGUUUACACACCAGUCCAGACAGUCUGAUAAAGAAAUAUCAACGAUAAUGGUGGGGUCACCUGAGUGCCUGUUAAAAGGCAUAGAGCAGCCUAACCAAAUUUUUGUCUUCCAGGUGAUUUGGACGCGGGUAGCUCUGCAGUCUAAACCACUGAGCCUAGGGCUUGCCAAUCGGAAGGUUGACAGUUCGAAUCCCCGUGACGGGGUGAGCUCCCGUUGCUCAGCCCUAGCUCCUGCCCACCUAGCAGUUCAAAAGCACAUCAAAGUGCAAGUAGAUAAAUAGGUACCACUCCGGUGGGAAGGUAAACGGCAUUUCCGUGCGCUGCUCUGGUUCGCCAGAAGCGGCUUAGUCAUGCUGGCCACACGACCCGGAAGCUGUCUGCAGACAAACGCUAGCUCCCUCAGCCUAUAGAGCGAGAUGAGCACCGCAACCCCAGAGUCGGCCAUGACUGGACCUAACGGUCAGGGGUACCUUUACCUUUAAUAGCAGUUCUGUCCCCAAACAUUUGGCGGGCACCAGUCUUGAGAAAGCUAGGAAUGGAGUAAAGGAAACAAAACAGCACUUUUGUGACCAUCCUAUCCUAAAAACACAUCAACAGUGUCUUUUUUUAAAAAAAGAAGUCUUCUUUCGUAAUGCCUAAAAGCUAUUCACCAACACCACCAUUCAAGUAUCUAGCAGUGAAGUUGAAAGACGUUCCCUUUUCAAGCCCAGCCUGAACUUCAACUUGAAUUGAAGGAGGUUGGGCGGGGAGGGAUCCUGCUAGCAGUUAGCCCUGGUGUCAGCUUCAAGAAAAGCACCAGCAAGGGCGUCUGAGUGCUGAAAGCCAGCUUUAUUUCCCAGCCUAGCAACUUUGCUGCUUGGUGGACAAUUUGGCCUGGCAUGGGCUUGGCCAAUGAAACGCUUAAAUCAUAGCUGAAUGUUAAGAUCAGUAAGCCAUAGUUAAAGCAUUGUGCUGUGUUCAAAUGGAACAAUAAGCCACAGGCUGUUAAUUCACUCUUAUUUAAACCACAGCUUAACAUGAUAUGUGAACCAGGUCAGAGGCAUACCAGACUGAGGAGGAGAAAAAAAUGACAAAAGGGAGGAAGGAGGGAUUGCAGUAGAUUAGAGAUAAUCCGAUUGCAGUUUCACCAGAGAAUAAAGGGAAGACUUUGGAAAUGCUCAGAACUGAGAUGUGGUGAGGGCAGAGGAGGGCCAAAGUUUGCACAUCUGUGAAGUACAGGAAACCACGGUAUUUGUAACAGUUAACAUAACAGUUUUGAGAAGAUGAGAAAUGAGGGUGGCUGCCACCAUCAACAUGCAUGUUUCUGAACCCAUCACCUUGAAAUAUACUCAGAGUCCUGUAGUGAUUUCAUGCUCUUUAUUGCAGCUUGUAAAACAGUGAUUGAAUUUCCCCCCAAACCUCAGGCUUUUAUAUACAUUAUUUACACAAUGAGUUGUGUAAAUUGGCUGAUUCUCCUUCCCUCCUGGAGCCUGAUUGGUCUUCUCCUGCAGGCCAAUCAGUUGUUGCAUUCUACGAUUCUACCAGCCUAAUAGGCUGGUUAACUUCCUCCUGGAGCCUGAUUGGUGUUUUCCUGCAAGCCAAUCAGUUGUUGCAUUCUAGGAUCCUACCUGCCUAUUGUUCUAGGAUCCAAGCUUAGUAUGUAACACACCUGUUUAUAUUUUGGAAAAUACCUCACAUAUUGAUUCGUACAUCAUGUUAUAUAGUGCAGUUCACGUAGAGUUCUGUUUUAGGUAUCUGCGCUUUAUGCUUUUCUUUUGAUGCAUAAAAUCAGCUCACCAUGUGAACUGAAACUGCUGUGAAAGGGCAGGUUGCCGAAUCGCAAUUCUCAAUUGAUGCUAAACUUGUUAUUCUCUUGGAGGUUACCCAUUUUCUCUUUAGGCAUUAUUUCCCCUAAAGAUAAUCUGCUAAUCUGGGGCAUUAUUUUGAGCUAUUUAGGCUAGUGGCUGCUGCCGGCUCUUUACAUUAGUGGGACACAGGAUAGCUAAUGAUAGGUAGUUGGCUGCAGUACUGAGCACACUUCUAUAAAAUAAAGUUCCACUGGACGCAGUGGGAGUUACUUCUGAGUAAAUGCAUAGGGUUGUGUUGUAGUCACAGCUAAGUCACAUUUCAGCAGUAUGCCUGCUCGUUACAGAUUGUGUCAGUACAUCCUUCCAAUAGAAAAACCAUCGUAAACAGUUAUUUUACCACACAAAGUCCAAUCCAAAGCAGGUUUAGUCAGCCCUACUGAAUACAUAGGACUUGCGCCAAAGAAAGUGUAUUAGACAUUAGGGUUUUCUACUCCCUGCUCCCUCCACUGCCUUUAACACCAGCCUGACCUUAAAGAGUAAGUCACAGGGGCGGGGGGGGGGGGCGGAAAUGGGCAAAAACCAGUGCCCCGUUCCAGACUCUGGAGUAAAUUUCAUGACUUUUCAGUUAUGACUUCUUAUAUUAGCUCAUCCUGCAUUAACAAAGAGGAAGUGGAAAUGAGAAUCCUGUCUCCUCCUUCUAGCUGCAGCCCUCAAAAACAUGUUCCAAUGUGGGAUUAUGCUACAUGGGACUGAAGCUCCAAUGAAAAACCCUUUUUGUAUAAACAGGAGUGUCUUCCAGCCACACAAGCACCCUUUAUGAUUCAUAGAGAUUCCUAUAUCUUACUGGCUCUGUCCUGUUAUUUCCCAGUACGACUGGUGUUCCUGGAUUCCUAACGCCCCUCCAACGAUGCGUCGCCCACCCCCUACAGAAAAGGGGAGCGUCACCAUUGAGUAUAUUGUUGAGAGUUUACCGGACAGAGGGCGCUCCUGUUGGCAUCUUGGUGCUGUUUGGGCCUUGAGUCAGUUUCAAGAGAAUGAAGUAAGUGAAACUUCUAAGAUAUUCCCCUCGUAUAUCUCGGUCAUAAUGCAUGAGGCCAAAGCUGCAAGUCAGUGCUUAGCUUGGAAAUCCAUGUUUUUCCAUAGUGCUUUCAGAGCAUUUUGAUGAGUUGUCAAAAAUUUGGGGCCUGUUAACAUUUCCCGUAAACACACUUCUGGACAGCUCUAACUGCAGGAACUGAAAGAUGCUUUAGUUUUUGCCAAUCCCUAUGGGGGUGGUGCUGUGGGUUAAACCACAGAGCCUAGGGCUUGCCGAUCAAAAGGUCGGCGGUUCGAAUCCCUGCAACAGGGUGAGCUCCCGUUGCUCGGUCCCUGCUCCUGCCAACCUAGCAGUUCGAAAGCACAUCAAAGUGCAAGUAGAUAAAUAGGUACUGCUCCGGCGGGAAGGUAAACGGCGUUUCCGUGCGCUGCUCUGGUUUGCCAGGAGUGGCUUAGUCAUGUUGGCCACAUGACCCGGAAGCUGUACGCCGGCUCCCUCAGCCAAUAAAGCGAGAUGUGCGCCGCAACCCCAGAGUCGGUCAUGACUGGAAAUACUUUAUUGUCACUCGUACAACUUGUAUACAGUGAGAUUACACAAGCACCCCCCACUCAGCUCUCUUAGUCUUAAUUCCCCUCGUUUACUGACGCACACCCGCCAAACCCGAAAGUCAGUUGCCCUGUUGUUAUCUUUUCAUUCAGCAGCCUAACAGCCAAUGGAUAGAAGCUGUUCUUUACCCUGUUGGUGCGACUAAUAUUUAAUACUAAAUAUAUUAAAUAUAUUAUAUUAAAUAUAUAAUUAAUAUUUAAAUAUCAUAUUUGCUCACUAGACGAGGAAGGGUCUAUUUUUGCAGUGUCUCAAAAUUAGCUGCAUUAUUUCUUUUAGACAUUUCCCAACAGAUACGUUUUGUGACUUCUUCUCCAACUAGGUGUUUCUGGGGAUGUAUCCAGAUGAACAUUUCAUAGAGAAGCCAGUGAAAGAGGCCAUGAGGAAAUUCCGCAAGAAUCUUGAUGAAAUUACCAGUUGCAUUGCUGAGCGGAACAGGAACAAAAAACUCCCCUACUAUUAUCUUUCCCCGGAUCAAAUACCUAACAGUGUGGCUGUUUGAAUUAGCCUUUUCAAAGGCAUGAAAAGGCAGUGAACCGGAGUGACAAUCAUGGCAAAUUAUCUGCAAGCAAAUCAGCUGGCUUCAAACCAAAUUGGGUCUUAAUUUGUACUAGAUACUAUUGUAGUUUUAAGUUUUCUUUGAAUAUCUAUCCCUCAUAUAUAAUUAGUUGAUACCGUGUUACUGUUUGAUAAUAAUUUUUAUAAUUGUCAGGAAAUACAAAACCUUAAGGAACAUUUUUUACCUUAAAAACAGAACCUUUACCAAUGGAGAAACUCUAUUCCACACAUUUGUUUCUUAUUUGUGGUCAGAACACCUCUGUUUUGGAAGCUGUUACCCCGUUUUCAGUAAGUUUUUGUUUUUAGGAACUGAGUGAAUGUAUGAUUUCCAUUAGGAAUGUUUGUUGGCUGGUCUGGUUGUUUUUACAGGAGCUCACCAGCAAUUUAAAAAUUGCUUUUGUUGGGGUUCAGAACAACAGAUGAAGACAUUAAGGAUGGUCUGGGGGACAUGGAACUGGGGAAGAUUGAAGCCAAAGGAGUGUGUGAGCAGAAGCUUGACCCUACCUCAGAUUUCCAUGCCACCCAAGGACCCACAAUAUUAUCUGAGGCAGAAGGACGAGUAGCAACAUAAGUUGCUCCCUUCAUUUGCCAUCAGAAAGAAGAACCCCAGAUCAUCACACACACCCACACACACCCAGCAGUGUUGUGCUUCCUUUAAGGGAGCGGGAGCUGCAAGAGUCCAGUUGGAGGUUGACCUUUGCAAGGUGAUCAGGCUGGACUUGGGAGUUUUCAGCAGAUUUUGAGCUGAGCUCUGCUUGCUUUGGAUAUGCACACAGGCUUUCGAAUGGGGUCAGUCACGUUUUUAACGACCCCCUUCAAAUGCUUGUGACAUUCCUGGUUGUCGUUUUUAUAAUGAUAAGAAUACUUACAAGUUUCAUACAUGCCCAGUUUGGGGGGGGGGGUCUACCAGUUACCUAGCAGGAAACAAGGUCUCAUUAUCUCCCCAAGUCAGAAGAGUGGUACUAUUGGUCCUUGACCAACCACAAUAUAAUAUAUAAAUACCAGCUUUCGUUGGAAGGUUGUGUGAAAGAUUUUACACCUUCCUUUUAUAUACAUUAUUUACACAAUGAGUCCUGUCUGAUUGGCUGAUUCUGCUUCUGUCCUG